ACGAAUAUUAGUAUGAUUUUAUAAUAAAGUAAGUUAGGUUGAAAGCUCUCAAAUGUCGCAGUGCUUAACGACUAAAUUACUAGUAGCAAAUUUUAUUUUAGCCAACCCCUAUAAAUAUCUGGCCAACCACAUUAGUUCCUUGUCACAAAGUACCACAUAUCGUCACUCCUAUCCCAAUCUCAUCUUCCUCUCUCUCCUUUUUUUUUUUUUUUUCUCUCUCUUUAUCUCCUUUUUUUUUUUUAAAAAAAAAAAGAUGGAUAAAAAACCAUGCAACUCUCAAGAUGCUGAAGUGAGGAAAGGACCUUGGACUAUGGAAGAAGAUUUGAUUCUCAUUAACUACAUUGCUAAUCAUGGUGAAGGUGUUUGGAACUCCCUAGCUAAAUCUGCUGGUCUCAAACGUACCGGAAAAAGUUGUCGACUCCGUUGGCUUAAUUAUCUCCGGCCUGAUGUCCGGAGGGGCAAUAUUACACCUGAAGAACAACUUUUGAUUAUGGAACUGCAUGCUAAGUGGGGAAACAGGUGGUCAAAAAUUGCGAAGCAUUUGCCUGGAAGAACAGAUAAUGAGAUAAAGAACUAUUGGAGGACUAGGAUUCAGAAGCACAUUAAGCAAGGAGAAAACAUGAAUGGACAAGGAUCUUCAGAGCAAAAUAUGGAUCAUCAAGAAGGAAGCAGUAGCCAAAUAUCCUCUGCUGGUGUAGCAGAUACCAUAGAGACUUACUCUCCAACUUCAUACAAUGUAGGAAAUAUGGACACCAAUUUUCAAGCCCCUAAUUUUCUCCCUGAAACAAAUGACAACAUUUGGAGCAUGGAGGAUAUCUGGUCUAUGCAAUUGCUCAAUGGAGACUAAGUAUGUUGGAAUUUUUAUUUGAGUAAUUAAACCUUAGAUUGAACCCACUUAGUAAGUACUAUAAAAACUAAGCUGCUAGAUAUACAGCUACCAUAUAUAUAUAUAUAUAUAUAUAUAUAGUGCUAAAAAUUCCGCAUGAUAUAUCCCCCCAUAUGCUGGUUCCUAAGUGUUCAAUGUGUAAUAUGACGAACUCUUAAUAUAACCCUGUUCAUAUUAUUAAUAUAUAUA